AUGCUUAAGCAUGUGACCACACGUUGGCUGAGUUUAAACACUUCUGUUAACCGCAUAUUAAGUGGCUAUGAAGGUUUGAAGUCCUAUUUCCUUUCAGAAGAUGAUGAAGAUUCUAAAAUCCCACGUUUUGCUAGGCUUCGAAAGCAUUUUGAAAACCCGAUGACUGAGAUUUACUUGAUGUUCUUCCAAGCUGUUAUUCCCACCUUUACUACCGUCAACAAAUUCUUGCAGAGAGGAGAGCCAGUUAUUCAUCUGCUUUUGGAUCAACUUGAGUCGUUCCUUAAGAAAUUGGCAGGCAAAUUCAUACGUAUUGAUGCCAUUGCAGCUGCAAAUAAAGUGUGUGAGAUAGAUUUCUCAGAUGAUGGAAAUAUAAAGGAAGAAGACAAGAUGUUUGUGGGAAUUACAACACGGGGAAAGAUGAUGAAGAUGCUCAAUGAUGGAGAUUUAGAUCCUCAACAGGUAGAAUUACAGUAAUACUGCAGAAUAAUAUAUUGAUAGUUCAGUUCAGGCAGAUUAUUAUUAGUCCAUUUAUAGAGCAUAUUAUUCAGUGUUUCAUUCAUUCAGCCACCUUUAAUUAAUCAUUCUUUUACAUCUAGGUGCAAAGAUUCUAUGAUGCAGUUGGUGCGUUUUACAGAGCUGCUGCACAGUAUGCCUGUAUGCUGUGGCAAAACUUCCAUUUCAUGACAAAGUUCUGGAGAAUUCUCGUUUUGUUAAUUUUGAGAAACGCAGAGAGCAUGAAUUCACAAUGGUCGAGUUCUUUCUACGAUUCCCAGAUCAUCUAGAAAUGAGUGUUGAAGAGCAAGAAAAACUGCAAGAACAGUUCAUAGACUAUCAACUUUUGUCAAAUAAUAACAUCCCCCAACAUGUCUGGAAUGAUGCGACUGUGAAAACGGAUGAAGAUGGAACAGCUUGCCUGUUUCGAAUGGAUGUCAUUUGGGGGCAUUUGAACGCAACCAAAUCUGCUGAUGGUACACCUCGAUUUGAUUUGUUAGCGCGAGUUGCUUUAACUGUACUGUGCCUUCCUCACUCAAAUGCAGAAGAAGAGCGAGUUUUUAGCAUGAUUGGAAAGAACAAACAGGCAGAGCGUUCAAGCCUUCAGGUUAAAGGAACACUUUCAUCAAUAAUGACAGUGAAGCUUGCAGAUUUGAAUGCUAAGACUUUCACGCCUCCAGUGUCCGUCUUAAAAGCAGCUAAAUCUGCUACUUAUGAAUACAACAAAGCACAUAAGCGCAAGCUAUAA